GCAGGAUCUCUACCGAGAUCGACCAGGCCCACACAACAAUCACACAAGGUUGUUCCUGACGAGCUACCAGCUCGGGAAUCAAUACGGCCAGCCAUAAGUGUUCGUGGAUUCGCGAUAUGAGUGUGCGAAGGUCGGGGGCUGCUGCGGACGCUCGUGCGGCUGCUGCCAGAAGGGGCUGUUCCCCAACGAAGACAAGGAGGAUAAAGUACCAGCAGUUCCUGUCUACGGCCACUGCACUGUGGAGUAUGCGUGUUGUAUCAAGUUUUGCCAGUGUUACCUGCCUGAUCACCGUCUACCUACUCCGAAAAUACUUCCUGCGUUUGAAUGAUGUGGUUCACAGCUUUGCUUCGAGGGCUACGGAUUGCUGCGCUGUGGUACUUGAGUCUCAAGCUGAGACAUCGUUAUUCUAUGUAUUUUGUUCUUCAAUAUUUUGUCUCUCUUCUUCCUUUUUCCUGCUUCUCUUGGUUGUCUCUUCUUUCUUAGCUCUAUUCUUGCUCUUCUACCUUUUCCUUAACGCCACUUCAUGCGCUUAGAAAUGCCCAGUCAAAGCAAAUGGCGGUAUAUUAGCGUGCUCGAGAUCCCCUUCCAUUAUGCCACUGAGAUGUAUCCUAUCUGC